AUGACCUGUCAAGAAUCAUCCGCGGAACCUCACGAACAAUUCAGAGAAAGCGAGGAAAUGUGUAAAGAAGAACAGUUGCAGUCUAAUGAUGCAAAGAAGAGUAUAGGCAAGGUGAAUGACAGACAUUUUGACGCUGCUACUGACCUCAUUAUAAAGCAGUUGACGGAGAGGAGGUCUCUUUAUCGACAGCAUCGACAAGAGGCAAAGGCUGCUAAAAGUUUGAGGUCUUCAUAA